AUUAAUUUUGCAAGUAAAUUAAACAAGUACAAAGUGUGGUGAAGUUAAGUGGGUGCGGCAGUGAGUUAUGAUGCCUUAAAAGUUGAAGCACAAAUACAAACAAACUCAAACAAACAAGCUGCAUAAAACAAUCGGAAGAAUUUAUUGUGACCAGGAAUUGGAGUGAAGUGGAAAAGGCGCGCGCGUUUAUGUGUGUGUUUGUGUGCUAAAGGAACGGCCGACGGCAAACAAAGCGUAGUGAAGUGCAGUGCACUGCGUUGCGGUGCGGUGAAGUGUUGAGCAAAGCUGGUGAUCUAAGAUUUAUUAAGUGAUGGCAGAAAAUCAAAUCAGUAGAAUUUGAAAGUGGCUGUGUAUGAAAUCAAAAUAACUGCACAAAUUGUUUGAUUGGCGUACAAUUUGCCUCCAAAUUAUUAAACCCAGUUGAGAGUGAACAAAAUCAAGUGGCACAAUGAGCGCCACAUCACAUAAAUGGGACAAAUUGUCGCCGCGUGAAUUUCAACAUUUGCAGGAAUUGGCAUCAUAUUCAACCAGAAAGUUGCAGGAUGUGCUGCAGGAAUUUUGUGCGCCACAUGCCUCACCAAAAUUCAAUCCCGAUGGGGACAUUGAUUGGGAUGGUUUUCGUCGCUUUCUCGAUGCCUUUCUCGACUGUGAGACACCAGUCGAUUUGGCCAAACAUCUAUUUGUUUCCUUCCUCAAGCCGAAUGUCACACAGUCCCAGCUGCAUGGCAAGGCGCUCAAUCAAAUGGCAGCUAUUAGCAGCACGACGGCUUGUGCGGCCGUCACAGCGCACACAAAGGGCUCCAUACCUAAUAUCAAUAGCAUUGCUGAAAUUGCAGCGCCAACAGCGAGUGAACCGCGCAAUACUUUCGUUGAGAAGAUUCAUGGCAUCACCGAUAAGCUGCAUUCGUUGAGUGGUCAUUUGACACAUGACCCCAGCAAAACGGGCAGCGUUCAUCCGAUGGUCACUGUUACGCCCAGUCCACUUGCCAGUGGCCCAUCAAUAUUCCAAAGCAGCGCUGCGGCUCGUCGCUCUGUUGACUCGAGUCCAUCGCAUUCGCAAGCAAAUCAUUCGCAGAUGUCACGCAACUCAUCAAAAAAGAGCAACAAUUCAGUUAAUUGUAAAAUCGAUACUGAUAUCAAACUCCUGGCACGCAAACUUUCACACUUUGAUCCGUUAACGCUGAAAGUGCCGCUAAAGGAUGUCGUCUGUUAUUUAUCAUUGCUCGAAGCUGGACGACCGGAAGAUAAGCUUGAAUUUAUGUUUCGUCUUUACGAUACCGAUGGCAACGGUGUCUUAGAUACAGCCGAGAUGGAUGCGAUUGUUAAUCAAAUGAUGGCCGUUGCCGAAUAUCUUGGCUGGGAUGUUAGCGAAUUGCGGCCGAUUCUGCAAGACAUGAUGGUGGAAAUCGACUACGAUGCCGAUGGCACAGUUUCACUGGAAGAAUGGCAACGCGGCGGCCUCACAACCAUUCCACUACUUGUAUUGCUGGGCGUUGACAAUACGGCAUUGAAGGAGGAUGGCAUCCAUGUGUGGCGCUUGAAACAUUUCAGCAAACCGGCGUAUUGUAAUCUCUGCUUGAAUAUGUUGGUCGGCCUUGGCAAGAAGGGUCUCUGCUGUGUGUUAUGCAAGUACACUGUACAUGAACGUUGCGUGCAACAUGCACCCGCCUCUUGCAUCACCACAUAUGUCAAAUCGAAGAAGGCUAAAGGUGGCGGCGAUCUGCUACAUCACUGGGUCGAGGGUAAUUGCUAUGGUCGCUGCUCCAAAUGUCGCAAACGCAUUAAGGCAUAUCACGGCAUUACGGGGCUGACGUGUCGUUGGUGCCACAUGAUGCUUCAUAAUCGUUGCGCUUCUUCGGUGAAAAAAGAAUGUACGCUGGGUGAAUAUGCGGAUUUAAUUGUGCCGCCAACAGCCAUCUGCCCGGCAGUUCUUGAUCGACAGCGUUCAGUAAAUCAAACGAGCAAAGCUACCCACUUUCAAAUCACACCGCCCAAUGAAAGCAGCUGCCCACUGUUGGUGUUCGUAAAUCCGAAAAGCGGCGGUCGACAGGGUGAUCGUAUUUUACGGAAAUUUCAGUAUAUGCUUAAUCCUAGGCAAGUGUACGAUCUCUCGAAGGGUGGACCCAAAGAAGGGUUGACGCUUUUCAAGGAUAUGCCCAAUUUCAAAGUGAUUUGCUGCGGCGGGGAUGGUACUGUCGGUUGGGUGCUCGAGGCUAUGGAUUCUAUUGAACUCGCCACUCAACCAGCCAUUGGUGUCAUACCACUAGGCACUGGCAACGAUUUGGCGCGCUGCCUACGCUGGGGUGGCGGCUAUGAAGGCGAGAAUAUACCCAAGUUAAUGGAUAAAAUUAAACGUUCAUCGAUUGUGAUGCUAGAUCGUUGGAGUAUCGAAGUGACGAAUGCGGCACCUGUGGAGGAAAUACUUAGGCCAAAGGUCACACUUCACUCGAAUAUGCAGAAAGUGAUUGAGCUAUCACAGAGUGUUGUGGUCGAAAAGGCGCUUUUCGAAAAAUUCGAAGAGAUACAUCGCAGCACUAGCGUUUGUACGAAUAUGUGCAGCACCAAGCAAGAGCACAUGACCACAAUGGCAUCGACAUCAUCUAUGAGCUCGUCCAUUACAACAGCCACUGAAUAUGCCACAAAUGGGGCAGGCGGCAGCGGUAGUAGAGAUAGUAUUGGUGGUGGCAAUGCGGGAGAGAGUGGCAACGACGGCUAUGGGGGCACUGAGCGCGCAACCAAAAGCAUAUCAAUGUCGACAUUCGAAACGAAACGCAUACUCACAACACUGAGCAACAGCAGCAGCAGUUGCAGUAGCACUAGCACAAUUAUUAGACAACAAAAGCAACAGCAACAGCUAGAACAAAAGCAGCAAAGAGAAACUCUCGAACAAACUCAAUCAGAAGACUUGCAAUCACCUGGCGCACCACCACCACAACCACAACUACAAAUGCCAGAAAUGGCAAAAAUGGCAAAAAGCGUUGACGAUGGUGCAACUGAUGAUGAUGGCGAUGAUAACAACAAUAACAAUGAAAAUAACAACGACAAAGCGGUCAAUAGUGGCCCGACUAUUGCAACGCACCCAACCAAUGCAGCAGCAGAUAUUCUAAACAACGUUGCGGAUGAGCAGACGAGCCAAGAAGCUGUAAGUGUUGAACAACAAUUGCAAACACCUGCAAGUACCAAAAGCAUAUCAACAACAUUAGCAGAAGAACAUGCAACAUCGAAUGUUGCACUCAACACUAUCAGUAGCAGCACUACUGCCAACACCAUACCCAUAAGCCACCUCCAAAACGACGAAGAAUGUCCAACAACAGCAACAAUAGCAGCCGCUGUCGCUGAGAGAGCUACAGCGCAAACAACACCAUUAAUACCCUUAACGCCAUUGCCACCCCUUACUACUUCGCCUAAGUGUUCACCCACGCAUUCACUCAUUGUCACAGAGACGGAAGCAGACGCAGAGCCCACAACACCGAUAGUAUUGACCACUACUUCGUCAUCAUCUGGCAGUGGGGGGGCUAAAAAUCAGAGCACUUCCUUGCCGAAAGAGAUCAAGGUGCAGCCGGAAAAAGAUUGCACAGUGCCCUACAAUAUCAUCAACAACUACUUUUCAGUCGGUGUGGAUGCUGCGAUUUGCGUUAAGUUUCACUUGGAGCGCGAAAAAAAUCCACACAAAUUCAACAGCCGCAUGAAAAACAAACUGUGGUACUUUGAAUAUGCCACUUCUGAAACAUUUGCUGCAUCAUGCAAGAACCUACACGAAAAUAUCGAAAUUGUGUGUGAUGGUGUUUCCUUAAAUUUAGCAAAUGGACCACAUUUACAGGGUGUCGCCCUACUAAACAUUCCUUACACUCAUGGCGGCUCGAAUUUGUGGGGUGAACAUUUGUCGCAGAAACGGAUGCGCAAAAGUGCUGGUCCAUUUCGUAAGGGCAAAAAACUGAAAUCUUCAGAUAAAGAGCUGUCAGCGACAAGUUUCGCAUCUGUCGAUUUGUCAGUUGCCACUCAAGAUUUCGGUGAUCGUCUCAUUGAAGUUAUAGGUCUGGAAAAUUGUCUGCACAUGGGUCAAGUGCGUACCGGUCUCCGCGCUUCGGGCAGACGCUUGGCACAAUGUAGUGAGGUUGUAAUUAAGACGAAAAAAACAUUUCCAAUGCAAAUCGAUGGCGAGCCGUGGAUGCAGGUACCAUGCACGAUAAAAGUCACUCAUAAGAAUCAAGUUCCUAUGCUAAUGGCUCCACGUUCCGAAAAAGGUAGAGGCUUCUUCAAUUUACUUUGUAGCUGAUUUCGGCGGAGCUUGUCCGCUAGUAGUUCCUUAGCGCCACCAAUAACGGAACGACACCAACACAAAGAAACCACCGUCCAACACAUAGAAUAGCUUUAAUUUUAGCAUCGUACAACAAACAGUCCAAUACGCGAUAACAGGGAAAAGGAAGAGAAGCAAAUGAACUGAAGGAGAAAAACAAUUUUACACAAACAUAUGUACAUAUGUAUGAUAGAGAAAAAAUGAUACAAAAGAAAGAACUAAAUACAAAUUUAUUGCGAAGUAUAAAAAUUUAAACUAUUACGAUGAUGAGCAAAAAUUGAUGAAAGGAAGUUGAAAAGCAAAGAACUACAAAUUUUAAUGCAUUCAUAAUGUGAGCUUUAAUUUAUUUUAUUACAGCAUAUUUAAGUUAAAUAGCAGUUGUAAUGUUUAAGAAGAUAUUAAAUGUAUCAGAAGAAAAUUAUAUGUACACGUAUUGGAGAAAUAUAUGUAGCUUAUAUAUGAACGUAUGUAUGUAAAAAGGCUUAAUUAAGAAUAUUAAUAAUUCAAAUAUCAUUAGAAGAAAAAAGAACGAAUAAUAAACUGCAAACGAAACCAAAAUUUAUUAAUUGCCCAAGUGCUUCAAAAAUCUAAACAGAAACGAAAAAAAAUUAAAAAGUCCAAGCAAAUCCAGAGCUUUUUAGCGCGCUUUUUAAUGUUUAUAAUAAAAAUAUAUGCCAUACUAUUAUUUAUUUCGUCAUCAAAAUUGCGGUUGCAAAAUUAAAUUAGGCUUUGAAAAAUGUAUGAAUGUGUUUAUGAAUGUUUAAAUAAAGCUUU